AAACAUUGCAUCCCAUCGUUUCUGGGGAGGAGAAAGCUUGGCCACGCCCAGAUCCUUUGCUUGACCCCCCCCCUCCCCCAAGAUCCCAUCGCACAUCAGCCAUUGAUGUUUUUACCGGCGCCCCAUUCGCCCAUUUCACUCGCUUGAACGAUUUCGGAACGAGCAUCGUGCCACAUCCACGGCAGACGGUCCCUGGAAUGAGGAGGCGCUCGUCGGGAUCCUCAGAAGACGGUGAUCAUUCUCCUGUCGAGGCUCCUCAUGUCACUCCGAACCACCCAGAAGAGAGCUCGGUGGCGCCUAGCCAGAGCCCCAAGAAGCUAGACCAUCGCGCAAGUCCCGACAACUCCAGGCCAUCAUCUGCGAGGAGUCGCCGGUCCGGCAACUUCAAUUGGAAGCCCGCGCAAGCUCGGAAUGGAUCGAUAGACAAGCUGCCCCUGCCAUCCAGCACGCAGCCCUCGUCAUCAUCGCUCCUUGAUACCGGAGCCGCUCCGGCGGGCGAGCAAUCCGACAACAUGGAGAAGAUGUCCGACUCGAGAUUUCCGGCCCGUCGCCCGGCCUCGCGCAAUCCCUGGGCCAUCUCAAUACUGACCCUGCUUGGCUCCGCUGCGGGGAUUGCGGUCCUGGUGGUUAUUUUGCACUCUCUCGUCACGCGACAGGUCGACCCGAAAGGGUGCCGCAUGUCUUACAUGCGCCCUUCAUACGCCCGACUCGACGAGUUUGACACCGAGCACACCCGAUUUGCGAGCAAAUACUCUCUUUAUCUGUAUCGCGAACAGGGCGUGGACGACGAUACUAAACUCCGAGGAAUACCGGUCCUUUUCGUUCCCGGAAACGCGGGAAGCUACAAGCAGGUUCGGCCAAUUGCCUCGGAAGCUGCAAACUACUUCCACGAUGUCUUGCGACACAACCAGCAUACCAUCACGUCGGGUGUUCGCGGUUUGGAUUUCUUUACUGUUGACUUCAACGAGGACAUCACGGCAUUUCAUGGCCAGACCAUGUUAGACCAAGCCGAGUAUCUGAACGAGGCGAUACGAUACAUACUCUCUCUAUAUCUGGAUCCUCGCAUGUCCGAGCGAAGUCCCGAUCUUCCCGACCCGACGUCUGUCAUUAUAGUUGGACAUUCGAUGGGCGGCAUAGUUGCGCGAACCAUGCUCAUCAUGCCCAAUUACCAGUCCAACUCGAUAAAUACAAUUGUCACCAUGUCGGCCCCCCAUGCACGGCCGCCUGUCUCUUUCGAUGGCCAGAUUGUCAAGAUAUACAGCGAUAUCAACGAGUACUGGAGGCAUGCGUACUCACAGCAAUGGGCCAACAAUAACCCCCUUUGGCACGUCACGCUGGUCUCCAUCGCCGGCGGCGGGCUGGACACCGUGGUUCCAUCGGAUUACGCAAGCCUCGAGUCCCUGGUUCCAGAUACGCAUGGCUUUACCGUCUUCACUUCCACCAUCCCCACCGUCUGGACAAGCAUGGAUCACCAGGCUAUCCUGUGGUGUGAUCAGUUCCGCAAGGUCAUCGCGCGUGCUCUGUAUGACGUUGUAGACGUCAACAGAGCCACGCAGACAAAACCGCGAGCCGAGCGGAUGAGGGUCUUCAAAAAGUGGUUCCUCACCGGAAUGGAGAGUAUUGCAGAGAAGACUCUGCCCCUCACAGAACCGACUACCCUUCUCACUCUAGAGGACAAUUCGGACUCGAUCAUUGCCCAGGGGGAGCGACUCGUGCUGAGGAAGCUAGGCACCGCGGGGAAACCGCGUGCCCACCUCCUUCCCAUUCCCCCACCGGGCUCGCCGGAGGGCAAGCGCUUCACCCUGCUGACGGACCAGCAAUUGGACAGCCCUGGCGACAACGGAAAGCUGGAAGUACUAUUUUGCAGCGUGUUUCCUCUUCAGCCGGGUCAAACUUCAGUCCUCUUCUCCAUGAACAUGGAUCUGUCAGGGGAGAGCACUGGGUCAACGCGCCUCGCAUGUAAAAAUGCAGCCUCAGAUGUCGUCACGCUUCCCGCGUCGACUCGGUCCACGCGUCAUCCCUUUUUCCUUGACGACGAACGACAACUGCCGCCAUUUUCAUACCUGCAGUAUGACAUCGAAGACAUCUCUGACCACCAAUUUGUUGCUGUCAUUGACAAGGCGGGAUCAGUUAUGCCCGGAUUCGUGAUUGCCGAGUUCAGCGACCACUCCCAGUCUCAUCGAACCCGCCAGAUCAGCCUUGGUCGACUUUUUGCAUUCGGCAUGAAGCUUCGAUUGCCUGCAAAGCGCCCCAUGGUCACCGAGGUUAAGGUGCCUUCCCUCCAGUCGAGCCUGCUGGCGUAUAACUUGGAGAUCAGUAACCAGGCAUGUGGCGAUGGCACGGAGCUCUUUACACCGUUGGUUAGGCAGUUCCUUUCUGAGCCAUACGAAUCCAAGUUCUUCGUCAAUGCGAGGCAAGCAGCCGUCAGCCUCCACGGAGUGGCACCGUACGUACCCCCUCCGCUGAAGAGGAGGGCGGAUGAGGGAGGACUGAGCUUUCAGUUUUGGACGGACCCCACCUGCAACUCCAGCAUCCAGGUGCAGCUCUCGGUCGACAUUCUGGGAAGCCUGGGAAAGCUCUACAUGCGCUAUCGGACCGUCUUUGCCGCCUUCCCCCUCUUUGUCGUGGCUCUCGUGUUGCGCAAGCAAUUCCGCGUCUACGACAGCACCGGGAUAUUCAUAUCUUUCUCGGAGGGGCUGGAUUCCUGCCUGCGGCAAUCUAUCCCCCUAAUGUUGCUAUCCUUGACCGUAUUGUCUUUGUCAACAGGCAGCUCUGCGUCUGCGCCAGGGGCCAGUUUCUGGCACUGGAGAAACAGCACCGCGCCGGCAGUCGACUUCCACCAGAACGACCUUCUCGUCGGGACCCAGGAUCCGUUCUUUUUUUUCAUGGUCCCGCUGAUUGGUCUCGUUUGUGUCGGAACAUGCACAGUCCUCAACUAUGUCGCACUGGCACUCACCCACGUCCUCGGAAUCGGCCUCAACCUGCUAAGCUUCCGGCCGGGAUGGGUCCGCCAUGACGACAAGCGUAGAGGGCCGUCUCCGGGGUUCAUGUCAUCGUCCCCCCGCCGUCGGAUGUUUACUACAGCCGUUCUGCUGUUCCUCGUCUCGACCUUUAUCCCGUACCAAUUUGCGUACUUGGUGGCGUGCCUGGUCCAACUCGCGACAACGAUCCGCGCCCAGCGAAUUGCUUCGGAACUGCGGUCGAAUGCGAACUACAACUUCUAUAAUUAUUGCCACUCGAUCCUGAUCCUCAUGCUCUGGGUCUUGCCGAUAAACCUCCCCAUAUUGGUGGUCUGGAUUCACAACCUCGCCGUACACUGGCUCACUCCCUUCUCGUCCCACCACAACGUUCUCUCCAUCAUGCCGUUCAUUGUCUUGGUGGAGACUCUGACCACCGGAAAGAUGGUGCCGAGGGUCACAAGUCGACUGAGGCACCUGACGAAUGUCCUAUUCUUUGGCAUCGCUCUGUAUGCCUCGAUCUACGGCGUUUCGUAUGCGUACAUGCUGCACUACCUCGUUAACCUGGCGGCGGCAUGGCUCGUGAUCGUUCAUUCGACCUUGGACUCUUGGUCUCUGUCGGGACUGACAGCAUUAUACGAGGGGAACGCUGACGACCGCAAACGAGGGAAGGAGCCCUGAUUCUUGUCGCAACCUUGGCCCCUUUGGAAACGCGCAACGAGGAGGAUGUCACCGCCCGCCCACCUAUUCCCCCCGGCAGCCGCGGUUUGAAAAUACUCGACAUCACGGCCGAGCCAAAUACCGAACCAUACCUUUUUGAUACCCUUUUUCUUUCCGUAGCCACGCGGUUCCCUUUGGCCCCCUCUUUGGCAUUCUUAUAUUGUACAUAUUGGCCUCGUUAGACUGGUUUCGUUCGUCACUGCCCUGCGGACAAACCUGGCCC